CUUGGAUUGUCCGUUACUUCCCUUUUUCUUCGAAAUUUCACUAGGGAGAAAAAAAAAUCACAGGCUACAAAAUUCAAAAGAAUUAAAGUCCCUGAUCUUCGGGCUUAUCAUUUCUCUUUUCCUCCCUCAACCUUUGCACUCUUUCCCCCGGAUCAACACUGCACUAUACAAGUCGAUCAACCCUCAAUCAACACCACUACACGAACAGAUCCACGAGAUAUCUGCAGAAUAAACAGCAGCACGAUCAGCGACAAUUCUUCGACUGUUAUCGUGAUCACCACCACGUUCUACCACACCUUCUCAUCUCUUGCGCGCGAUCGACUCGUUCAUCGCGGCUCUUAACCUCAAUGACGAUGGUCAUGGAAAACCAGAACCGCCCAUAUGGCGGCAUGAGCUUCGACAACGUCUACCAUCACAAUCCACCACAAUUCACAGACCCCUGGGCAGCUGCGCACACUUCCUCGCACUCGACACCACCAGUCUACGCGACUUCCAUGGGUAACAGCGCUAACAUGCCCAUCAACGUCGUCAAGCCCGAGGAAGUCGGCCGCUCCGCCGCAAUGUCCAUGUCCAUGCCCUACCCCAAUGUCCCUGUCUCAGCACCCUCGCUCGUCCCGGGCAGCAACUACACCACCACCGGCUAUGGCCCAGAGGUAAUGGGCUUGCAACAUGAGAUUCCCCGGACCGGCUUUGAGCAGACCCCCACAUACACUACCGCACCUCCCAUGAACAACUUCGCCCCGGGCAGCUAUGCGCCAGGCUCCUACGCUCAAAUUCACCCCUCCCAGUCUCAAGACGUUCGUCGUAUCUCGCAUUCUGACCGUGUGGGACCCUCUCAAGCCCCCGCGCCCACUCCCACCUUUGGUGAUGCACUCGAUGCAAGCCGCGGAAUGGUGGCGCUCAGCCAGGACUUGACUCCCCGUAACGUCUACGGGCCUCGCGGGGCACGCAACUCCGCCGAUUCAUACGGAUUCCCUUCUACUCACUCCUCCGCUUCUUCCAUCUCAUCUGGCGGCAACUAUCCUUACUACAGUGCCUCUGUGGGUUCUGUGGAUUCUUCUGUCACGGACUACAGCUCGACUACUUCCGAGUCCUAUGAGUCGCGCACCCUUCCCCGGCCUACCAGCCUUCUUGCUGGUAGCGCUCCUCCUGGGCCCCAGUCCAUGAUGAGCCAGUUCAGCUCGAAGAUGCCCUCCAACACGCAGAAGAAGCACAAGUGCAAGGUCUGCGAUAAGCGAUUCACUCGUCCCUCUUCUCUUCAAACGCACAUGUACAGCCACACUGGCGAGAAGCCAUUCGCGUGUGAUGUUGAGGGCUGUGGACGUCACUUCUCUGUGGUUUCCAACCUGCGCCGACACAAGAAGGUGCACAAGGGCGAGAAGGAAGGCGGCUCUCCCGACGAAGACGAGUAAAUUCAACAGCUUCCCCGUAUGACCAACUUUCCCUUCUGCUCGACCUUUGAUACACGAGCGCCUCUCCAAUCUCUGCGCGAAAAUGACGCGCCAGUUCCCAAGAUACCCAAUCCCCCCGCCUCUUCCCAACGAAACCGUCCCGCCGCGCAGGCCAUUCAACUGUGUUGGAUGAAAACUCCUUCGGCCCUGACUAUCUCCUUGUACAACAGCAUGGACUACCCCUUAUCCCCUCACCUCCGACUUUUAUUCUCUCUUCAUCUUUCAACCUCAUCCUUUUUCCUUACAUUCUGGAUAUAUCUCCUGAUCGGGUGUCGGGAGAUUCUUUUCAUCAAUUUACCAUAUACCCCUGGGACGGUUCUGAUUUUGGGUUUCACGCGGCCAUGAUACAAGCAAGGCUGCUCCGGGAAAGGAGAGAGGCCUUUUUUUUGUGAUGCUUUUCCUUGUUUUACUUCCCAUGUUAUGACCAUAGAGGUACCGGCUGGUUUGCGUUCCUGGUUGUUGCUUGUCUUUUUGCUUUUGGUCCUUUUCUUCUUCCUUUCUUUCUCGAGCCUUUGUGCUCGUUUUUCUUUUUUACCUUUCUUAUUCUUUCGCUAGACCUGGGAGUCACCUGUGCUUUUCUCGAUACCAAUGGGUUUGUGAUGAUUUGAUGCGUUUUUCUUGUCUGAGUUGCCUUCGAAUUUGGGGCACUUCAUUGUUUUUUAACCAUUCUAUUCUCCCGUGAUGUGUUGCAGCAGCUUGGAUCUUGAUACUUCUGUCCAGCGCUCAUUUACAUUCUAAUACUCUCUCUACCUUGCAUCUAUCUUGCUUGGUUUAGAUCCUAUUUAUUCAUCAUACCUUUUACCAUUUUCAUGUUUCUCUUGUGCUCUCAUUUCCAUACUUAUCCCUCCUUCCACUGACUAUUUUCUCUCUCUCUCUCUCUCUUUCCUUGGCUCUCGUUUCGUCCUCUCUUUCCACCGGGUUUUGUCUAUGUUUUCGAUGGUCGCACCGGGGUUUUGUGCAAAAUAGCUGGACGGCAUGGUGUUCAUGUGAUACCCGUGGCAUUGGUGCGAAAGCAAGCACCUUUUUCAGUUAUUUUUUGCUCUGACAUUUUGUUUCUCUUGUCUUGGUUGUUUGGUCCGUUUUUCGGUGAACCUGAACUUGGGCUGGUUUCCGCUGCGGUUCCGGGGCCAGUCAGUGGAAUUUUGUUUCCCAAUACACUCGCUAUAGUAAAGAUUUGUCUAAUACGCAAUUUGAGC